AGUGGGCAACAUGGCGCUGGGGAGGGUUGGUAGAUGUUGUCGGUCCUUUCUGCUUGACCCCUCAAAACGAGUAUUUUGUGGUGUUUUACAGCCUGGCUGGAUGGAAGGCUGUAUCGGAGCGAAGAGGCAUCUGUUGUCAGAAAAUGUAAUCAGACUACACGAAUUCCAGCAAAGGAAGCUGGCCGUGGCUCACCUUCGAUUGAGAGGAAAAAAGCUGAUCAGUAACAAGCUGCAAAAUACGCAGCUGAUUCUGAGAGAUGACCUGAAGCUUUUUCUUCACUUGUGCGAUUCUGCAGAUGACAUGCUGAUCGUCAGAGAUGCCAUGUAUAGGUAUCACCAAGAGAACCUGAACUUUGCAUUCAAAGAGUUCAAGUUUGGUCCCCUCUUCGUGAGGCAGUGUUAUGAGCUGGGCCUGGAGGAGUUUGCUGCUGCUACAGUUACAGAUGAGAAAAUGAGAGGAUUCUUUAACGACUCAACCUCCUUUAACAUCACCAUAGACAUGUUAUUCACAAAAGGCUUGUAUGAAAAGGCCCUGGAGGUACUAGGGAUAAUGAAGAGCCAAGGUGUAACGUUAAACACGGACACAGUGACACUGGCAGCUGGCACCUGCUAUAAACUGAACACCCCAAGGUCGUACGAGUUCUGCUCUACUCUGAUCGAGGAUAAACAGUCCAAAGGGUUCUUAAUCUCAAAACAAGCUCAAUGCUUUUUUGUAGCAUUAGCAAUUCGACAGAAUGACAUUGAAAAGGCAAAGUUAUUGUAUCCACAAAUAAGGAGCUUUGACAACAAAUUAUCAGAAAAUUUGACGGUUUUAAUAUUAGCAAUGACAGGAGCAGUGGAAGAUGCCGUUUCCAUCCUGUCUGCAGCUGUGUUGCCUGACAGACCGACUUUUGUGAAGAAGCCCAAAUUUUCAGAGCAUGUGUUGGAUGUGCUGCGCUCGUGUAGCAAUGGCGGACCACACAUGAUGGAAGUGGAGCAGGUAGUGGCUAACCUCAAGCAAGCCGGUCAGGUGACCAGUCAGACCCUCGAUGAUAUGCUCUGCCACACACCCAAAGUGAAUAGUAAGCCAGUUCUGGUGCAGGCGAGGAAGGCCAGCCGAAGGACCAUGAAGCCACUAAACAACAUUCUGCUGUCAGAGUGAGAGAAGCUGUGUGCCGUGCCAAAGCCAAGUCACAUCAGUCUGUUCACUAAAGGGUCUAAUCUAACUCUUAAAGGAACCCGUCAAAAAUGAAAAAUGAAUGACUGCGGCUUGACUUUGUCAAUCUAAUGUACUUAAUCUACAGUCAUCCCCCUUUUGAUUUCGUCCCUAUGCAACAGUUUUUGAAAAAGGUCACAGUUCAUGUUUGUGCAACUUGCACUUUAACAGAAAGCAGAUGAGAUAAAGUUGCAGAAGUAACACCAUCUACCUAAAGAGGUAUUGAUUUCCUUGCAAGGGUCUCUGUGUAUAAUGUGUUGUGUGUAUAAUGUGUUGAUUGAGUGAUUAAAGAUCAAUCAGAUUUACUUUAAAAAAAAUAAAUGAAAAGUGUUUCAUUGUG